AUGUAUCCUCUGGGCGAAAUCGACUGUCCGGCUACACCCCCACCCCCCACCCCCCUCCUUCCUUGUCCGGCAUGGCAACAAUGUCGGCCUGUUGUUGAUGCACUCCUUCGAUAUGUGUGUUCUACGUCUACCCAGCAUGUGAACGACCAGUUUAGGGUCACUUUGCCGACGCCUUGUAGCCUCAGCAACAGCCCAAAAGGAUCACUUUCUCACCUUGAGACGGGGUCUCCUGCAAAUCCGCUUCUCCUCAACACACGAACUCGUCCUCAAAAUGCUGCCAACAACCGGUUCAGGGCGCACGUUUGCGCAGAAGCCUAA